AUGUCAAGAAAGCCAUGUUGUGUGGGAGAAGGUCUGAAGAAAGGAGCAUGGACCGCCGAAGAAGACAAGAAGCUUAUCUCUUACAUUUAUGACCACGGUGAAGGAGGCUGGCGUGACAUUCCCCAGAAAGCUGGACUAAAACGAUGUGGGAAGAGUUGUAGACUGCGAUGGGCUAACUAUUUGAAGCCGGAUAUCAAGAGAGGAGAGUUUAGCGACGAGGAGGAGCAGAUUAUCAUCAUGCUUCAUGCUUCUCGCGGCAACAAGUGGUCGGUCAUAGCGAGACAUUUGCCCAAAAGGACAGACAACGAGAUCAAGAACUAUUGGAACACACAUCUUAAAAAACGCCUUACUGAUCAAGGAAUUGAUCCCGUGACCCACAAACCACUUGCCUCUAACCCUAGUCCGGCCACGCUCAAGCCUUCUGAUGAUUCCCAAGAUGAUUCAUCAAAGUCAAGAAACUCGGAAGAGAAGUUACGGUCAGGUUCUACGUCUCCAACAUCUCUUCCUCCAUCUUCAAGCUCCAGCAAUCUACCGGAGAGAAGCAGCAGCGAUGAGACACAGAAAAAUGAUGGUUCCUUGAGAUCCAAGAAACGUUGUUUUAAGAGAUCGAGUUCGACAUCGAAAGUGUUAAACAAGGUUGCAACUAGGGCUUCAUCCAUUGGAGAUGUAUUAGCAGCGUCCAUGGAAGGAACAUUCAUCAGCUCUACAACACUGUCUCCAUCUCUCAAUGAUGAUUUCUCCGAAACUUGUCAAUUUCAGAUGGAUGAGUUUGAUCCGUUCUCCGAGUCAUCUGAACACACAACUGGUCAUAUGAAGGAAGAUCUCAGCAUCAACUUUUAUCUCAACAAUUCCGAAUAUGAUUUCUCGCAGUUUCUCGAGGAAUUUAGUACCAACGAAGGCGAAGAAACCGAGAAUAUUGGAGGUUUUAAUCAAGAUCUCGUGAUGUCUGGUGUGUCAUCAACAAGCGUUGAUGAAGACAAUCCGAUACCAAACAUAACCGGUUGGUCCAGUUAUCUUGUUGACCAUUCCGAUUUUGUUUAUGACACGAACCAAGAUUACGACGAGGACUUCCGAUUUUGA